GAAAGCGAGCGCGGCUGUGCGUGGGAAGAGCUUCCCUUCCCUCCGGAGUCGCUCCCCAGCGCCUAGCGCGCGCCGGCCUCUCCUUCGGGCGCGACGUCGCGGCUCACACGCGCCCCGCUCGCGCGCUUCUCGGCACCGCCCCCGCCUAGCACGCGCCGGCCUUUCGCCCGCACUGGUGCGCCGGUGCAGCAGGCCGUGGGAGCAUCCGGGCAUUUCCGUAGGCGAUCGGCGACCGGGCGGUGGCGGCCGGAGACUCCCAUGAUCAGGCGGCGGCGGCGGGAGGGCGACAGCGGAGUGCGGCGUUGAUCCGGAGGACGCGCAAGGAAGUGGCCGCGGCCGAGCGCGGGGCUUGUCCCCCUCUGCGCAGUGCUCGGUGCUGCCAGGGUUCCGAGAUGCAUCUGCAUCAGGUCCUCACUGGGGCUGUCAACCCUGGAGACAACUGCUACUCCGUGGGCAGCGUCGGGGAUGUCCCCUUCACGGCGUAUGGAUCAGGCUGUGAUAUUGUUAUUUUGGCAAGUGACUUUGAAUGUGUGCAGAUCAUUCCUGGUGCUAAGCAUGGAAACAUCCAAGUCAGCUGUGUGGAGUGUUCUAACCAACAAGGAAGAGUUGCAGCUUCAUAUGGGAAUGCUGUGUGUAUUUUUGAGCCCCUCGGCAUAAAUUCUCAUAAGAGAAAUAGUCAACUCAAGUGUCAAUGGCUGAAAACGGGGCAGUUUUUUUUGAGUUCUGUGACAUACAACUUAGCAUGGGACCCUCAAGAUAACAGAUUGUUGACAGCAACUGACUCUAUUCAGUUGUGGGCUCCUCCAGGAGAUGAUGUUCUAGAAGAGGUGGAAGAAAUUGAUAAUAAACUCCCUCCUGUUUUAAAUGAUUGGAAGUGCAUCUGGCAGUGCAAAACCUCAGUAUCUGUACAUUUGAUGGAAUGGUCCCCUGAUGGUGAAUAUUUUGCUACAGCUGGAAAGGAUGAUUGUCUUCUGAAAGUAUGGUACCCUAUGACUGGUUGGAAAUCCUCAAUUAUACCUCAGGAUCAUCAUGAAGAGAAAAGGAGACAGACUUCUACUCAGUUUUCCUUUGUUUACUUGGCACAUCCUCGAGCAGUGACAGGUUUUUCAUGGCGUAAAACUAGCAAGUAUAUGCCCAGGGGCUCUGUCUGUAAUGUGCUACUAACUUCAUGCCAUGAUGGUGUAUGUCGACUUUGGGCAGAAACCUUAUUACCAGAAGACUGUCUUUUGGGUGAGCAGAUUUGUGAGACCACUACCUCCAGCUUCGCCAGCAGCCUUUCUCAUGCUGGAAGGCACAAAGACAGAAUCCAACAUGCUCUUGAGACAAUACACCAUUUGAAGAAUUUAAGGAAAGGACAAAGGAGAUCUUCUGUUCUUAUAACUCACACUGAAUUGAUGCCUGACCAAACAGCAACCCAUGAAGUUCAAAGACACAUUUCCCACCACGCCAAUGCACUGUGUCAUUUUCACAUCGCAGCAAGCAUCAAUCCUGCCACAGAUAUUCCAAAUGUCCUGGUUGGCACUGUGUUUAACAUCGAUGAAGGAAAUGGGGGUUUUGUAGUUCAUUGGUUAAAUAAUAAGGAAUUUCAUUUUACAUCAUCUACUGAAAUAUUUAUGCACCAAUUACGAAAACUUUCUGAAAAACAGUUAGAUCAUGAAAGUGAUGAUGCCGAUAGAGAAGAUGAAGAACGUUCACAGGAGGAAAGAGAGAGGGGCUUACAUAUGAAAUUAGACCAUGAAUUAUCUCUGGAUAGAGAAUCUGAGGCAGGUACAGGAUCAUCAGAACAUGAAGAGGGAGAAAGAGAAGGAAGUCCUAGAACCUACUCACAACCUAGCAUCCCAAUGCCACUGCCUACAGUCCUGCUUGAUCGGAAGAUUGAAAUGCUGCUGGCAGAAUGGAAUAAGAAUCCUGACAUGCUUUUCACAAUACACCCUGUAGAUGGUACCUUUCUAGUGUGGCAUGUAAAGUAUUUGGAUGAAUAUAAUCCUGGAAUAUUUAGACAAGUCCAGGUUUCCUUUUCUUCUCGGAUUCCUGUUGCAUUUCCCUCUGGGGACGCAAGCUCUCUUAGUAAAAACAUAAUGAUGUAUGCUUGUAUAAAUGUUACAAAAGACUCACACCAUACCCCAUUAUGCCCAGAGCUGAUGUCUGUAGAUAGUCUUCAUGAAUCACAGCCACACUCGCGAUCACGCAGUACAGAUAUGAACAUUUUAGCACCCACGGUAAUGAUGGUCUCUAAACACAUAGAUGGGUCUUUGAAUCAGUGGGCAGUCACUUUUGCUGAUAAAUCUGCCUUUACUACUGUUUUGACUGUAUCCCACAAAUUCCGAUACUGUGGUCACCGUUUCCACCUCAAUGACUUGGCAUGCCAUUCAGUUUUACCACUGUUGCUGACAUCUUCCCAUCACAAUGCUCUGUUGACUCCUGAAUCAGAUUGUCAGUGGGACUCAGACAGUAAAUUAAGUAGAUUAAUAGAUCCUGUAAAACACACAAAAAGUUCAUCAAAGCAGCCACUUAGGAAUGCAGCAACUCGUACAUUUCAUGAUCCAAAUGCAAUCUACAGUGAACUUAUUCUGUGGCGUGUGGACCCCAUAGGACCUUUGUCAUACACUGGAGGAGUGUCAGAAUUGGCUCGAAUUAACUCUUUACAUACCUCAGCCUUCUCCAAUGUGGCAUGGCUUCCAACUCUUAUUCCUAGUUAUUGUCUUGGCACCUAUUGCAAUUCUGCAAGUGCUUGCUUUGUUGCAUCUGAUGGCAAAAAUCUACGACUCUAUCAAGCUGUUGUAGAUGCAAGAAAAUUAUUAGAUGAGCUUUCAGACCCAGAAGCUUCAAAACUUAUUGGAGAAGUGUUUAACAUUGUGAGCCAGCAGUCUACUGCUCGCCCUGGCUGUAUUAUCGAACUUGAUGCAAUAACUGACCAAAUAGGAUAUCGCCCACCACCAUUUUCAGAAAAAUUCUUUUUAGUAGUCAUUGAGAAGAACAGCAAUAAUUACUCUAUUCUCCAUAUGUGGCACCUUCAUCUUAAAUCUGUACAAGCAUGUUUAGCUAAAGCUGCAGAAGGCAUUUCAUCUGACAGUCUUCUUUCAGUCCCUGGACAGAAGAAUGUGGACUCUUCUCCAGAAACCUCCCCUAGUGUGAGCCCCAUGCCACAUUCUUCAUCAAUUGCCAAUCUUCAGACUGCUAGUAAACUUAUUCUGAGUUCCAGACUGGUAUAUAGCCAGCCUCUGGAUCUCCCGGAAGGAGUGGAAGUAAUAAGAGCAACACCAUCUGCAGGUCAUCUGAGUUCCUCUUCAAUUUAUCCGGUGUGCCUUGCACCUUAUUUAGUGGUCACAACUUGUUCGGACAAUAAAGUACGCUUCUGGAAAUGUUGUAUGGAAACUAACCUACUGUGCAAUACAAGUGAUGAUAAAGAAACCUAUCAUUGGAAGAGAUGGCCUCUAAUGAAUGAUGAAGGGGAAGAUAAUAGCAGUACAGUGAGCAUUGUGGGAAGACCUGUUGCUGUUAGCUGUUCAUACACAGGCCGCCUUGCAGUGGCUUAUAAGCAACCUAUCCACCACAAUGGUUUUAUUUCUAAAGAAUUUUCUAUGCAUGUUUGUAUAUUUGAAUGUGAAUCUACAGGAGGGUCAGAAUGGGUUUUAGAACAAACGAUUCAUCUUGAUGAUUUGGUUAAGGUUGGGAGUGUACUCGAUUCAAGGGUCAGUGUUGACAGUAAUUUGUUUGUAUAUAGCAAAUCAGAUGCACUUUUAAGUAAUGAUAGAUACCUUAUUCCAAAUAUCAAACAUUUAGUACAUUUGGAUUGGGUGUCAAAAGAAGAUGGCUCCCACAUUCUCACAGUGGGGGUUGGUGCUAAUAUCUUCAUGUAUGGUAGGCUUUCGGGAAUUGUUACUGAGCAAACCAAUAGUAAGGAUGGAGUAGCUGUCAUUACUUUACCACUAUGUGGUAGUAUCAAGCAAGGAGUUAGGUCAAGAUGGGUUCUUCUUAGAUCUAUAGACUUGGUAUCCUCUGUUGAUGGUACACCUUCACUGCCUGUUUCUCUCUCUUGGGUAAGAGAUGGGAUAUUGGUGGUGGGAAUGGAUUGUGAAAUGCAUGUGUAUGCCCAGUGGAAGCACUCUAUCAAAUUUGGAGACAUUGAAGCCGAUAGUCCUAUAGAAGAGACAGCAAUACAAGAUCAUUCUGCCUUUAAAUCUAGUACGUUGGCAAGAAAAAGUAUUGUUGAAGGAACAGCUGCUGCUGAUGAUGUUUUUGGUUCACCAACUGUAAUUCAAGAUGGUGGCUUAUUUGAGGCUGCACAUGUACUCUCUCCGACUCUUCCACAGUAUCAUCCAACUCAGCUAUUAGAAUUGAUGGACUUAGGGAAAGUUCGAAGAGCUAAAGCUAUCCUCUCUCAUUUAGUAAAAUGUAUUGCAGGUGAAGUUACAAUAGUUAGGGAUCAUGAUGCUGGAGAAGGAACUAAGCGGCAUCUUUCUCGAACCAUUAGUGUAAGUGGCAGUACAGCAAAGGAUACAGUCACCAUAGGAAAGGACGGUACUCGAGAUUAUACUGAGAUAGAUUCUAUUCCUCCAUUACCACUGCAUGCAUUGCUUGCUGCUGAUCAGGAUACGUCCUACAGAAUUUCAGAAGAGAGCACAAAAAUGCCACAGAGCUAUGAAGACCAUAUUGAAAGUCAACCAGAGGAUCAGUAUUCAGAGCUGUUCCAAGUCCAGGAUAUAACAACAGAUGAUAUUGAUUUGGAGCCAGAAAAGAGAGAAAGCAAAUCAAAAGUAAUAAAUCUUUCUCAGUAUGGACCAGCUUAUUUUGGUCAGGAACAUGCUAGGGUACUUUCAAGUCAUCUUAUGCACUCAAGUCUACCAGGCCUUACCCGCUUGGAGCAGAUGUUCCUUGUAGCGUUGGCUGAUACCGUGGCAACUACCAGUACUGAGCUUGAUGAAAACAGAGAUAAGAAUUACUCAGGAAGAGACACUCUAGAUGAGUGUGGUUUGCGAUACUUGUUAGCAAUGCGCUUACAUACAUGCCUUUUGACGUCAUUGCCCCCUUUAUACCGAGUACAGCUCCUUCAUCAAGGUGUGUCUACCUGCCAUUUUGCCUGGGCUUUUCAUUCAGAAGCUGAGGAAGAACUGAUCAAUAUGAUUCCAGCAAUUCAGAGAGGAGACCCUCAGUGGUCUGAGUUAAGAGCUAUGGGAAUUGGUUGGUGGGUGCGGAAUGUUAACACACUUCGAAGAUGCAUUGAAAAGGUUGCUAAAGCUUCUUUUCAACGGAACAAUGAUGCCUUAGAUGCUGCAUUAUUCUACCUUUCAAUGAAGAAGAAAGCAGUUGUGUGGGGUCUGUUUAGGUCACAACAUGAUGAAAAAAUGACAACUUUUUUCAGCCACAACUUUAAUGAAGACAGGUGGCGGAAAGCUGCUUUGAAAAAUGCUUUUUCUUUACUUGGAAAGCAACGCUUUGAACAAUCUGCUGCCUUUUUCUUGCUAGCUGGUUCAUUGAAAGAUGCCAUAGAGGUAUGUCUUGAAAAAAUGGAAGAUAUUCAACUAGCCAUGGUUAUUGCCCGUUUAUUUGAGUCUGAAUUUGAGACUUCAUCGACUUAUAUAUCUAUUUUGAACCAGAAAAUUUUGGGUUGUCAAAAGGAUGGCUCAGGAUUCAAUUGCAAAAAAUUACAUCCUGACCCUUUUCUUCGAAGUCUUGCCUAUUGGGUAAUGAAAGAUUACACCCAAGCAUUGGAUACAUUAUUGGAACAAACACCAAAGGAAGAUGAUGAACAUCAAGUUAUCAUCAAAUCUUGUAACCCUGUGGUGUUUAGUUUUUACAACUACCUUCGAACACAUCCUUUGCUUAUUCGAAGAAAUCUUGCCUCCCCUGAAGGAACUUUGGCAACUUUAGGUCUCAAAACAGAGAAAAACAUUGCAGAUAAAAUUAACCUCAUAGAAAGGAAAUUAUUUUUUACCACUGCAAAUGCUCAUUUUAAAGUUGGAUGUCCUGUUUUAGCCCUCGAAGUACUUUCUAAAAUCCCUAAAGUAACAAAAAUAUCUUCCUUACUUGUAAAAAAAGAUCAGCCUGACUUUAUUUCUAAAAGGAAGGAGAAUGGACCAUCAGAGUCAAAACCUCUGAGUGAUCGCAAUGGCAGUUCUGGUGCUGACUGGUCAGCCAUGACUUCAUCUCAGUUUGACUGGAGUCAGCCAAUUGUUACAGUUGAUGAGGAGCCUCUUAGUCUUGAUUGGGGUGAAGAUCAUGAUAGUGCCUUAGAAGAGGAUGAUAUGGAAGGUUUAGUAAUGAAGAAUACAGAUGCCAGGAGAAAAGAUGGGCAGGAUCAGAAGACCUCAGACCCUAAAUCAUCAUUUACCCCUCAGGAAGAGGAUUGUCCUGAAGGUGAUACUGAAGUUGAUGUCAUUGCUGAACAACUAAAGUUCCGAGCUUGUUUGAAGAUCCUUAUGACUGAAUUAAGAACUUUGGCUACAGGUUAUGAAGUAGAUGGAGGAAAGCUAAGAUUUCAGCUCUAUAACUGGCUUGAAAAGGAAAUUGCUGCCUUACAUGAGAUAUGCAAUCAUGAAUCAGUUAUUAAAGCAUAUUCCAUGAAAACAUAUUCCAAAGUAGAAAGUGAUCUUCUGGAUCAGGAAGAAAUGGCAGACAAACCAGAUAUUGGUUCAUAUGAGCGCCACCAAAUAGAAAGACGAAGAUUGCAGGCUAAACGAGAGCAUGCAGAAAGGCGAAAGUUGUGGUUACAGAAAAACCAAGAUCUCCUAAGAGUGUUUCUCAGUUACUGUAGCCUUCAUGGGGCCCAAGGUGGUGGUCUGGCCUCAGUAAGAAUGGAACUCAAAUUUUUGCUACAAGAAUCUCAGCAGGAAACUACUGUAAAGCAGCUCCAGUCUCCACUACCAUUGCCUACCACCUUGCCUCUGCUUUCAGCAAGUAUUGCUUCAACAAAAACAGUCAUAGCUAAUCCUGUAUUGUACUUAAAUAACCACAUCCAUGAUAUACUUUAUACUAUUGUUCAGAUGAAAACACCACCUCAUCCCAAUAUUGAAGAUGUUAAGGUGCACACACUUCAUUCACUAGCAGCAUCACUUUCUGCAUCAAUUUACCAAGCAUUAUGUGACAGUCAUAGCUACAGCAGUCAAACAGAGGCAAAUCAGUUUACAGGAAUGGCUUAUCAAGGGCUUCUUUUAAGUGAUCGGCGAAGGCUAAGGACAGAAAGCAUUGAAGAACAUGCAACACCAAACUCGGCUCCUGCUCAGUGGCCUGGUGUGAGCUCGCUUAUUAAUCUCUUGAGUUCAGCCCAAGAUGAAGACCAACCAAAAUUGAAUGUUCUGUUGUGUGAAGCUGUUGUUGCUGUUUACUUAAGUUUACUGAUACAUGCUCUCGCCACAAAUUCCUCCAAUGAAUUGUUUCGGCUUGCAGCCCACCCAUUAAAUAAUCGAAUGUGGGCUGCUGUUUUUGGAGGGGGUGUGAAACUUGUUGUGAAGCCUCGAAGACAAUCAGAAAGUAUUUCAGCACCUCCUGUUCCUUCUGAAGACAUAGAUAAACACCGCAGGAGAUUUAACAUGAGAAUGCUGGUCCCUGGAAGGCCUGUAAAAGAUGCUACCCCACCACCAGUGCCUGCAGAAAGACCAUCUUACAAAGAAAAAUUUAUUCCUCCUGAACUUAGUAUGUGGGAUUACUUUGUUGCAAAGCCGUUUCUCCCUUUGUCUGAUAGUGGUGUUAUAUAUGACUCUGAUGAAAGUGUUCACAGUGAUGAUGAAGAAGAUGAUGCCUUUUUUUCAGACACACAAAUACAGGAGCACCAAGAUCCAAAUUCUUACAGCUGGGCUCUUCUACAUUUGACAGUGAUUAAGCUGGCACUUCACAAUAUCAAGAGUUUCUUCCCUAUCGCUGGACUGGAAUUUUCUGAGCUCCCUGUAACAUCACCAUUAGGAAUUGCUGUAAUUAAAAACCUGGAGAACUGGGAACAGAUUCUGCAAGAGAAAAUGGAUCACUUUGAAGGUCCACCCCCUAACUAUAUCAACACGUAUCCAGCUGACCUUUCAGUAGGAGCUGGGCCAGCAGUUCUUCGAAAUAAAGCAAUGCUAGAGCCUGAAAAUACUCCAUUCAAGUCCCGGGACUCUGCUGCACUUCCAGUCAAACGACUCUGGCAUUUCCUUGUCAAACAAGAAGUUCUUCAAGAGACAUUUAUUAGAUAUAUUUUCACAAAGAAAAGAAAGCAGAGUGAGUCUGUAGAAGAACAUGUGGAGCAGGUCAAACACAUCUCCGUAGCAGAAGAUUGCCACAUCAAGGUUGAAGCUGAUCUGGGCUAUCCAGGAGGAAAAGCCAAAGUCAUUCAUAAGGAAUCUGACAUGAUCAUGGCAUUUUCUGUUAAUAAGGCAAACUGUAAUGAAAUUGUUUUGGCUUCAACACAUGAUGUUCAAGAACUUGAUGUUACUUCUCUACUGGCCUGUCAAUCAUAUAUAUGGAUUGGAGAAGAAUAUGAUAGAGAAUCUAAAAGUUCAGAUGAUAUUGAUUAUCGUGGUUCCACCACAACCUUGUAUCAGCCUGGAGCGGCCGCCCAUUCCACAAGCCAGGUGCAUCCACCUCCGUCUCUGCCAUGGCUAGGCAGCGGGCAGACCAGCACUGGGGCUAGUGUGCUCAUGAAAAGGAACUUACAUAAUGUUAAGAGAAUGACUUCACACCCUGUCCAUCAAUACUAUCUCACAGGUGCUCAGGAUGGAAGUGUCCGAAUGUUUGAAUGGACACGACCUCAGCAACUUGUCUGUUUCCGCCAAGCCGGCAAUGCAAGAGUUACUAGAUUAUAUUUUAACUCACAAGGCAACAAGUGUGGUGUUGCAGAUGGAGAGGGUUUUCUGAGUAUCUGGCAAGUUAAUCAAACUGCAUCAAAUCCUAAACCUUACAUGAGUUGGCAGUGCCACAGUAAAGCCACAAGUGACUUUGCAUUUAUUACCUCUUCAAGUCUAGUUGCAACAUCUGGACAGUCCAAUGACAAUAGAAAUGUAUGCCUCUGGGACACAUUAAUAUCACCUGGAAACAGCCUCAUUCAUGGUUUCACAUGCCAUGACCAUGGUGCCACAGUACUGCAGUAUGCCCCCAAACAGCAACUCCUGAUCUCUGGAGGUCGGAAGGGAUGCAUCUGCAUUUUUGAUAUCAGACAGAGACAGCUAAUGCAUACCUUCCAGGCACAUGACUCAGCUAUUAAGGCUUUGGCUCUGGAUCCCUGUGAGGAAUAUUUUACUACAGGAUCAGCAGAAGGCAAUAUAAAGGUCUGGAGAUUGACAGGCCAUGGCUUGAUUCAUUCAUUUAAGAAUGAACAUGCUAAGCAGUCCAUAUUCCGAAACAUUGGAGCUGGAGUCAUGCAGAUUGACAUCAGCCAAGACAAUCGGCUCUUCUCUUGUGGUGCAGAUGGCACUCUGAAAACCAGGGUUCUGCCCAAUGCUUUUAACAUCCCUAGUAGAAUUCUUGACAUUCUGUAGUUCCAAAGAUUGAGGGUUUAUUUUUAUAUACAUUUUAGUUAAAAGACAUAAUGCAGGAAUUACACAGUUCUGCUUUGCACACUGUUAACACCUUGAAAACAAUACAGAGAAUCUCUGUAGAAUUUGAUUCUGAUCCAAGCUGGGUGACACAGCGCAGUGUUGCUUACCCAGAUUGGUAGAGUGCAUGUAUCUCAUUAUAACACUGACAUACAAAAACAAAAACAGGUGAACCUUGUGUUGUAUGAAGGGAAGCUAUUCUUUACAUCAUGUAACAGACCUGUUUCAAAAACAGGUGAGGUUAGCUAACAGUAAGUUAAAAUAUCAAGCAGUGUCUUUAUACCAAAUUGUAGAAGAAAAUGUUGCUGAUUUGGGUUUUUCUUCCUGUUCUUACCAUGGAUUGAAGCAUGCCUGCUGCCCCUUCUUUUGUUGAAUAAAGGAUAGUCAUAAGGUGUUAGAAACUCUAGACCACCAGGAAAACUUUAAACUGUGGAGCAGUGUUCAAUGACCAGUUCUCUGUCAUAAGAGGUCAUUUUCAUUCUUCCUGCUGAAUAUUUUUCCUGUUUGUGUUUAUACUGAGCUAGUACUGUAACCUGCAAAUCAGUGCAAAUUUAAAUGCGAUGUUUUCCUCACGAUUUGCACAUUUACAUUUUUUGGACUGCUAGUUUUUCUAUUAAAAUACUUGCCUUUAUGUUAGGAAUGUAAUAUGUAGACAUGACAUAUUUGUAGUUAAUCAAAACAUACCUUUUUAGUCCAGUUUAGAUCUUUUUCUUUUUAUGUAUUUAAGGUUAAAUACCCACCACAUGUAAGGCUAUGUUGGAACUAUACCAAUAGAGCAUUUCAUAUCAAUUAAAAUGAAUGUUGGGCUUUUUGUGGCCAGUUGAUGAGAUUGGUGAUAUUAUUUAUUGCCACAGCCUAUUGUAUAAACUAUGCAGAGUUAAAUAUUAUUUGCUUGUAAAAUAUUAGCUAAUGUUACCAUAUUUUGAUGUAUUUCCUUUGUUAUGAUGAAAAAUAUGUUGUGAUAUUGAAACCAAUGUCUGUGUGUUUAAAUGUCUACCAGCAAAUUGUCUCAUCAUGUGAAUGAGAAUGUUUAAUGCCUGUGUGGUAAAUAGUAAAAUAUAAUGGUACACAAGCACCUUUCUCUGGAGGCAAUAUGAUGUUCAUGCUGUGAAAUACAUAUGUAAAAGAAAAAUAAAUGUUAUUUGUUAGAGUUUUAUCUUAGUUUG